CACGUCGUUGAUAACAUAUACAUCAUUACCAGAAAGAGAACCGUGUACAAUAGCUUUACCACCAGAAUCAACCGUUUUAACUUCAUCAAGUUCCCUAGAUGAGACUUUGUCGGCCCCAUUAUUCCCAUUUGCUACAGAUCCUGUAACAUCUAGUACUGAUAGGCUAACGGUGUGGGAUUUCCAGUCGUUGAUGGGAACUACAGAUUUUAGCAUGAGGAGUAGAAAUAUCGGGGUAUCAGCUUCUUCUAGUGGUUCGGCACAUCAUGGUAUUGGAGGUACAUCGUCUAGUAUUUAUGAACCAGUUGUCAGUACAAUAUAUUCAGGCUCGGUAUCAUCAAUGAUAGCUUCAACACUUACCCUCAAUUCGCAUCAAAAGACACCAAGUCUGAAUGAUCCAGUAUCAACAAUGAUAGCUUCAUCCAUUACCGUCAAUUCUUAUCAACAGACGCCAAAUCUGGAUGGUCUAGUAGAUUUAGACUCAGCGUCAACAACGACAGCUUCUAUAAUUUCCCUAAAUCCAUAUCAAAGGACUUCGGCACAGAAUGGUCAGUUAUAUUCAGACUCCAUAACUUCAACAAUUAUCAUCAAUUCAGAUAUAGAAACUUCACAUCAGAAUAGUCCAACAUACUCAGACUCAGUGAUAACUACGAUAACUUCACCAUUUACCACUGGUUCAAGACAAGACACUUCAAAUCGGAAUGGUGGCUUUCUACUUCAGCCCCAGGAAGUAUCAGUGUCACCAACAGUAUACGCAUCAACCGAAUCGCUUUUAACCUACACAUAUAGCGACAAAGGAACAUCUGUUUUAUCAACCGAAACUUCUUUGCUGACAGUUUUUGAAUCGAUGACUUCUGCAGUAACAAAAGUUGUGUCAUCUGCAUCAUCUGUGUUGAGCAUAGAUUCGUCAAUUAAUAACACCGCAAUUACCCCAAUGAUAAUGCCAACUACGACAAUUUCUGGUGAUUUAGUGACAGACAUAAAUGAUAAGUCACCGGUUCUUGCUCUGUGUGAGUGUGUUUGCAUUGGUAAUGGGUCCGGAAGUUACGGCGUGCAAGAAAACGAAUUGAAAGAAAUCCUGCAAAAGUUGUUUGUGGAUAAAUCAACAUUGUCAUCUACCCGACGGAAAUUAACGAGUGCGGAAGAUCACCGACCUUCCGCUAUUAUAACUGGCCGAUUGGGAAUGGUGGUUCUUGUCGGCGUGUUCUGUUUCAUGCUGCUUUUGGACUCUCAACGAGUUAUUGUGGCCAUUUUGGAUUUUAAACGAUCAAAAACAGUGACUAGACCAGCAAUAUUAUAGAUGUGUAAUAUAUUUUGAUAUUAAAAGUAUUAUCAUUACUAAGACUAACUGGUCGCCUUUCAUCACUUAAAUAAAGGAAGUGUGACUGGUUUUGCUGAAAUCUUCACAGACUUUUUUUAACCACUGAUUAAGACAGUUUGUGUCCACGUAGUCCUCGACUAAUUAGUAAAAUGUCGACCGAUUAGUGGUGGGUGCUUACCUUUUCCUGAAAAUAUCAUACCACACCUUGUCACGGGAAUGCCUGUCUCUCGAAUGUAUUGUUUCUCCCAGAAAGUAUAGUGUGCCGUAGAAAUGAGAAUUGCCAUUUCAUUUCAAGGGUUGUUUUUGUUGGAUUUGGCCUGAGCACUGACAAAUUGCACGAUGUACAUUACUGAUAAAUAGGAAUAUUUCAAGUGUUGGCGGGAUGUGGAGGUGUUAUGGAGGAACGAUUUAUUAAAGUGCAUCAUUUGCAUUUGUCGGGGUAAAUAUAAAAUGUUCCACGACUUUAUCCACGCUAAAAUGUACUCAAAUCGAUUUUUUAACAUUUAAUUAAGAAAACAAAAUCAACAUCUCAUCAAAGGUAAUUAUCUCUUAGUUUGGAUUCAAUUGGAUUAAUAAGAGGUAUUUCAAAAGAUUUAGAGAAACUCAUAGGUGGUGCUAAUUUAUGUUGACAUACAUUGUCAUAUCGUAUGGAAUGAAGCUAAAUGCCGAACGUUGACAAAUUUUCAAUUCAAUUGUUUGUAAAAAGUGGUAGGAAUUGGACCAUUUUGGACUGAUAUUGUUUUUUUUUAAAUAUAAAAUUCAACUUGCAGAAUAUUGUAGUUUGCAAGUGAUGACGUUCAGAGACCUGUAUUAAAAGCUUAUUAGUAUGC